AUGGGCGACUCCAUACGCGCUAGCCCAACGCGGAUCACGGCAGUACUGCGGAUGAUACCGGCACUUGUUUGUUUCAUGUAUACUCUAGAAUCAUAUUACUGUCUUGUUAUUCGCCGGAAGAGGCUGGGAUUGAGGACUCGGAGACGCUGCCUUGAUGGUCAUCGACUGCCCGAGCUUUUAGAUCACAAGACUGUUUUAGUGCUAAGGGAGCCCGGGAGCGGUCUAUCACUAGUAAUACUGCCGGUGGUAGGCGCGACUUGUCAGGCGUCGAGAUUCCUGGUUCCUAGCAAGUUCCUGGAGUAUGCACGUCAAUUCAAUGGCCCACACGAUAUCCGAAGCAACUAA